GGGAGAAUGGCCACAGGGAACCACUCUCCGGUGACGGAGUUUAUCCUGGCGGGGCUGACGGAGCGUCCAGAUCUGCAGCUCCCCCUCUUCCUCCUGUUCCUGGGCGUCUUCGUGGUCACGGCGACGGGGAACCUGGGCCUGAUCACCUUGAUCGGGCUGAGCGCUCCGCUCCACACCCCCAUGUACUUCUUCCUCACCAACCUGUCCUUCAUCGACCUCUGCUACUCCUCUGUCACCACCCCCAAGAUGCUGGCGGGCUUCAUGGCGGGGACCAACUCCAUCUCCUAUCCCACCUGCAUGGCCCAACUCUACUUCUUCCUCAUCUUCGUCAUCGCCGAGUGCUACACGCUGACCGUCAUGGCCUACGAUCGCUAUGUAGCCAUAUGCCACCCUCUGCUUUACGGCACCAUCAUGUCCCCAUGGGCCUGCUCCAUGCUGGUGGCCGGUGUCUAUGCCAUGGGGCUCAUUGGUUCCACCAUAGAGAUCUCCCUUAUGCUGAGGUUGACCUACUGCAAGCUCCUUGUCCCCCAUUAUUUCUGCGACAUCCUCCCUCUCCUGAAACUCUCUUGCUCCCACACCGAAGGGGUAGAGAUGGUCGUCUUCCUCUUGGCUGGGUUUAACAUUGUCUCCACAGGGCUGACUGUCCUCGUCUCCUACACGUUCAUCCUCGCCAACGUCCUCCAGAUCCGCUCCACCGAGGGCCGGUCCAAAGCCUUCGGGACCUGCAGCUCCCAUAUGGUGGCCGUGGGCCUCUUCUACGGCUCGACCGCGUUCAUGUACCUAAAGCCCUCCUCGGCCAGCUCUCUGGCCCGAGAGAACGUGGCCUCCGUGUUUUACACCACAGUGAUCCCCAUGCUGAACCCCUUGAUCUACAGUCUGAGGAACCGGGAGGUGAAAGUCAGCUUGCUGAAAAUCCUGGGGAGAAAACCUGUCUGA